GUCUGAGGUCUGCCAUUACCAUAUAUUUUUAAUGGGCGUGUGAGGAGGAUGAAUUGUUUAUGAUAAACAAUUAUUUGUCCUAUCAAGGAGCGACCCAAAUAAACAAUUAUUUGUCCUGUCCUGCAUGAUAAUGGACUUUUGCAAGUGUUUUCUUGAAUGCAGACAAAUGAUUCCAGCUCUCUAUGUCGAAUCAAAGUUCUCUAGCUCUCACAAUAAUUGUUUGAGCCCACUAGAUACCCUGAGUUAAUCUAAGUAUAUCUGAACCCCAGAGCAAUUGAAGCUAUCUUCUUUUCGUUCCUUUCCCUCAAGUACAAGAUGAUAUCCACAGCCCAUGUUGGGUCCAAUCUCAAUGCUGUAGAUAAACUCAUGUCCAAUGGACAGAAUCAUCUUCAUGUUCAGGAUAAGUAUGUCUUUCCUCCGGGUGAACGUCCCGACAUGUCCCAGGUCUGUCAUUCUUAUACAUUUCCAGUCAUAGACCUCAAAGAUUUGGAUGGGCCUCAUAGAGUUAAGGUAGUGAAUGAGAUCAAGCGGGCAUGCGAAGAGGGUGGCUUCUUCCAGAUCAUUAACCACGGAGUGCCAGAAACUGUGAUGAAAAGCAUGAUGGACAUUGCCAAAGAGUUUUUUGAAAUGCCUGUGGAAGACAGGGUUUGUCUCUAUUCAGAGGAUCCAUUGCAGGUUGUCAGGGUUUCUACAAGUUUCAAUGUCAACAAAGAUAUAUUCUUUAACUGGAGGGACUCUUUAAGACACCCAUGUCAUCCGGUGGAGGAAUUUAUCAAUUCAUGGCCUCAAAAGUCUGCACUUUAUAGAGAGAUUGCAGGGAAGUAUGCCAAGGAGAUACGAGUACUGGUUCUAAAACUUCUGGCUGCGAUUUCUGAAGCUCUGGGACAAGAUUCUGAUUAUUUGAAUGAAAACUUUGGAAAGCCUAGCCUGGUACUGAGCAUAAAUUACUAUCCUGCAUGCCCAAAUCUAGAUCUUACCUUUGGCGUAGCACCUCAUUCAGAUCCACGUGGCAUUACUUUUCUGAUGCAAGGAGAUGUGAGUGGCCUCCAAGAGCUGAAAGAUGGGAAAUGGGUUGCAGUAGAACCGAUACCCAAUGCCUUCGUGGUCAAUUUGGGUGAUCAACUUCAGGUUAUAAGCAAUGGAAGAUUCAAAAGCUCCGAGCACAGGGCUAUAACCAAUAAAACUACUGCACGUAUAUCUAUUCCCUCCUUCUAUGGGCCUUCAUUUGAUACGUUCAUUGCUCCUGCAGCAUCCAUGGUGGAUGAGGAGCAUCCGGCUCUAUACAGAGGAUAUAAAUUUGAAGAAUACAUGAGGGCAUUCUUUAGCCAAGGUUUGAAGAGCAAGAGCAUUUUGGAUCACUACAAGAUCGAAAUCAGCCCAUGAUUGGAAAGUGUAGUAUAUAAUUGCUGUUGUUGGAACAUACAUAUGCUGGUAUGGACAGUGGACACUAUCUUGUAUAGCAAUACUCUAUCUGGGAAAUAAGGUGGAAAGAGAUUAACCUAUUCCGCUACUUUUAAAAUUUGACCGGUGGUAAGAACAGCUCUUAUUUGAUAGUUUAAGUAGACAAUUUCAAAUU